AUGGAUCCUGAAAGAUCAAUAGAGGAGCAAUUCUCCAAGCUACAUCCUUCCUUGCCAUUAAACACCAGAAUUGGAAUAGUAGGUGCCGGUCCAAGUGGCAUAUCAGCUGCUUAUGCACUAUCAAGGCUUGGUUAUAAUAAUAUCACUGUCUUGGAGAAACACCAUGCAGUUGGUGGCAUGUGUGAAUCAGUAGAAAUUGAAGGAAAAGUUUAUGAUCUGGGCGGGCAAGUUCUGGCCGCAAGCAGUGCUCCUGUCAUCUUUCACUUGGCAAAAGAGACAGAAUCUGCACUAGAAGAAUUGGACUCUCACAAGCUAGCUAUUAUUGACACUUCCUCAGGAAAAUACCAAGAUAUUAAAGUUGCUGAUGAUUAUGUAUCUGUUAUGUCACUUACACUGAAAAUCCAAGAAAAGGUGAAGAAUUCCGGUCGUUUUGGGGUCCACGCUGUCAGUGAAGUUGCCGCGGACUUAACUCCAGAAUUUCUUGAACAUCAUGGACUGAAAUCAAUUCCUAAUUCUGUUGCAUUUGGUUACACGGCUUCAGGUUAUGGAUUCAUACAAGACAUGCCUUAUGCCUACAUUCAUGAAUUUACCAGAACGUCCAUGGCUGGAAAAAUUCGAAGAUUUAAAGGUGGAUAUACAAGUCUUUGGCAGAAGAUUGCAGAAUCACUUCCUAUAAAGCUUCACUGUAACACUGAAGUGUUGGCAAUUAGGAGGAAUUUUGACAGUGUCAAUGUUAAUGUCAAGAGCUCAAAUGAAACUGAGACUAUGGAGUUUGAUAAGAUCAUAGUCUCUGGUAACUUUCCAUUAAAAUAUGGAAGAACUUACAGAUCAGCGCCUUCAAAUUGCAUAGAUUCUGAAGCAGAAGUGAUGGAUGCUAGUGACAUUGAAAAGGAGUUAUUCAGCAAAGUAGAGAUAAAUGACUACUACACCACUGCUUUUAAGAUCAGAGGGCUGGAUCAUAUGCCAGUUGGAUUUUAUUAUUUUAAUGAAUACAUGGAUGAUCCGAGUACGAUUGGAAAUCCAGUUGCCAUGCAGAAGUUUUAUGCUGAUACUGAUAUAUUCUUGUUCUGGUCUUAUGGGAACUCCUUUGAUAUUAAAGGCCCAACUAUCACUGAACUUGCAAUCAAGGCAAUAAAAUCUAUAGGGGGAGAAGUUGAAAGCUUCAUUCUUCAGCGUCGCUUUAAGUAUUUUCCUCAUGUUAGCAGCCAAGGUAUUUUAGAGGUUUUUAAAUUUCCACGUUCUCCCUUUCAAGUAGUAAGGAUUCUAAAUUUUCAAGUUUGA